CAACCAUGAACGCCCGGGUCUCCGCCUCCUCUCCUGCCGCUUCCCAAGAGCUCCUUGCUGCCGCCGAUGAACAGAGGACUCCAGUGUAAAGGGAGAAGGAGGAGGAGGAGGAGGAAGACGAAGAAGAAGAGGAGGAGGAGGAGGAGGAAGAGGCGGCGGCGAGCCGAGGCGUGAUUGGGUUCGCCUUGCCCAAAGGUACAGAGGUGUCGAAGGGGGAACCGGGCAAAGCUCUCUCUCUCUCUCUCUCUCUCUCUUGCCAAACAUGUCCUCGUCUCCUUCUCCUUCUCCUUUUUCUUCGCUGGGGCCCCGCGGGCCUCGGCCCCCCGCCGUGCCUCCCCCCAUGCAGGAGCUGCCCGACCUGAGCCACCUGACAGAAGAGGAGCGGAACAUCAUUAUGGCUGUGAUGGACCGCCAGAAAGAAGAGGAAGAGAAAGAGGAGGCCAUGCUUAAAAGAUUACACCAACAAUUUGAAAGUUACAAAGAGCAAGUACGAAAAAUAGGUGAGGAAUCCCGUCGUCAUCAAGGAGAACACAAAGAUGAUGCACCCACGUGUGGGAUCUGUCACAAAACUAAGUUUGCUGAUGGUUGCGGCCAUUUAUGCUCAUACUGCCGGACAAAGUUUUGUGCCAGAUGCGGAGGCCGUGUUUCCCUACGAUCAAACAAUGUGUAA